AUGGAUCCCAUCAUGAAGCUACUCGAGGACGACGAGGUGCCCCGCCUGACCUGGGCCUCUCUUGCCAUUUUGCCUUCGGAUUAUUGUGGCGGAGAUUUGAUUGGAACGGUGCCCUUCUUCUUGUUCCGAAUUGCGCAGGAUGAGAGUCUGCACUCGGGUGCCGACGUCGAGGCCUUCACGGCGGCGCUGAACCGCGAGGUGGAGGCCAGCGCCAGCGCCAGCACCAGCACCAGCGUCCCCGCCGGCUCCUCCUGCUCCUCGUCCCAGCCCACGGGUCACGGUGCUGGACUUUUACCUCAGGAACACAAGUCACUAUUAAACCAUGGUCAUGGUCAGUGGCAAGAUCCAGUAAAGAAUGAAAUUGUAAACCAGGAGAGCCAGCAACAGGAACAGACACAUGCACUUAGAAAUGAUCAGCCGUCAAGACCUGAAAUGGUUUCUCAAGGUUCUAAUAACAACCCCCUUCCUACUAAUACACCAAAAGAAUGUGAUUUACUUAAGGCAAAGCAAGAGCCUGGGACCACAUCUCAACAAGGUAUUGUUGCUCAGCAGCAGCCUAUGCAGCAAAUGAAGAGUGAACAAACACCAAUUGUCACUCAGCAGCAAUCUAUGCAGCAAAUGAAGAGUCAACAAACACCAGGCACAAACCAAACAAAUAGUGCAACUACAACAACAAAAGCCCCAGUUGUUACAUUUCACAUGUUAAUUCCAAUUUUGAGACGCUACCUUGACAAAGACAGGGAUAUGCAAGUGCAGUCCAUUUUCGCCAAGUUGCGGAAAAAUGAAGUCAGCAAGGAACACUUCUUAAAAGUUGUAAGGAAUAUUGUUGGUGAUAAAUUGCUUAAGCAAGCUGCUUCACAAUAUCAAAUGCAGGCACAGCGAAGCCCUCAGACAAACCCAAGCAACUAUUCUUUAUCAGGUCAAGUUUCUGGUCAGCAGACUGUUCCCAGUGGUUCUAUGACAGGAGAUGAACAGAAGGGAUAUCCAGGGGCUCACACCAUCCCUAUGAAACAAGCUAUUGACAGCACUCGACCACCUCAAUUUCGGCCUUCCUCGUCUGGCCAAAUGCAGAGUAAUACGAGUUAUCCACCUUCAGAAACCAAUUUGCAUAAGGCUAAUGAAAUGGGAAACAUGUCGGAUGGGAAAGGGGUGCAUAUGUUACAAACUCGUCUGCCCAAUAACUCCAUACCAGUACAAACAAUGCAGCAUCCACAGACAUCCUCACCAGUGUUUGGGGCAAAUAGUAUUCAUGCACGUCCAUUUCCGCGGCCAGUUGGAGGUCCAGCUGCACCAUUUAGACCACAAAUGGCAGAUUCCAAUCCAAGAGCACAAUUGGUCCAGGGAGCUGUGACCACAGUAGCUGGGAGUGUGCCAACACGAUCCAUAGUGUCUGGAAAUGCGCCAAGUAAUCAAUCUACAAGGCAACAAUCAGCAAACAAGGAGCAAAAAACUCAUUCUUUUGCUCCAACAGCACAUAUGAAUAAGGAAACUGUUAGCCAAAACUCUGAAUCUUCACAGAAUUCUUUUGCUGCGAUGCAUGCAAAACAAGUCAAUCAAGCCCUGGGAUCUUCAAAAGUCGGUGCUGGCACGGAAAGCCAGCCACCACAAUUGAGUGCACCUAAGCCUUUAACCACAACAAGCUUAAGUCAGACUCAAUCUCAUGGCAUUCAAGAAGAGCCUAAAAUUCAGAUUCAAUCUUCUGUGCAAGCACCUCCUGCAGCAGCUUCUAAAACACCUCAGAGGAAGGCAUCUUCUGGACAGAAGAAGCCUUUGGAAGCAUUAGGCUCAUCCCCUCCACCAUCUAGCAAAAAGCAGAAGGUAUCUGGAGGUUUCCAUGAACAAAGCAUUGACCAGCUUAAUGAUGUCACUGCAGUUAGUGGUGUUAAUCUGAGGGAAGAAGAGGAACAACUUUUCUCUGGUCCAAAGGAAGAGAGUCGAGUUUCAGAAGCUGCUCGGAAAGUUGUUCAACUAGAAGAAGAAAAGCUCAUUCUACGGAAGGGACCCCUGACCCAAAAAUUAGCAGUAAUCAUGAGUAAAUGUAAUUUGAAGGUCAUUGGCACUGAUGUGGAACGCUGUCUGUCCAUGUGUGUUGAGGAGAGGUUACGGGGGUUUAUAAGCAGUAUAAUAAGGUUCUCAAAACAGAGGGUUGAUGUUGAAAAGUCAAGGCAUCGUUUUUAUCCGUUAUCCUCAGAUGUUCGCAGUCAUAUUAUGAGGGUGAACCGAGAAGCAAGAGAACAGUGGGAGAAAAAGCAGGCUGAAGAUGCUGAGCGAAUUAGGAAACAAAAUGAUGGAGAUGGCAAUGCAAAUGUUGAUAUAGAAAAAGACAAAAACGAGACCCGUGGUUUGUCAAAGCAUGCAAAGACUUACAAGGAGGACGAUGAUAAGAUGCGAACUACAGCUGCAAAUGUUGCUGCACGUGUUGCAGCUGGGGGAGAUGACAUGCUGUCAAAGUGGCAGUUGCUAGCUGAACGAAAUAAGCAGAGAAGUGAGGGAGGUGAUGGUUCUUCUGGCUCUGUACCAGGUAACAUGUUGCAACACAGGCCAUCACUGAAAUCUGGGAAAGACUUGAGGGAAGAACAGGAAGUUGAAAAUAGAGGCUACUCCACAAUGCUUGGAUCUGGUGGUGUUAGAAGGUCACCUCUAACAAAAGUGGUGCGGAGUGUUUCCAUAAAGGAUGUGGUCGCAGCACUUGAGCGAGAGCCUCAGAUGUCAAAAUCCUCGUUAAUUUUCCGGCUAUAUGGAAGGCCAUUGACAGAACCAUCUGCAAAGUAA